UAUGUCAAACAAAAUAUCUUAUUAGAAUUAGUUAAGCAAAAUGUUUUCGUUGAAUAAUCAAUUAGAACUGAGAAAAAUUGCAGUUUCAAGUUUAAUUACAUGUAUUUAUUUACCAAGCAUUAUUACUGUGAUAUCAUACAAAGGACUCUUGUAUUCGCUGGGAAAUGGUUCGACGUUUUAUGUUUUGCUACUAAUAUAUGUCGCGGAGCUGCUGAAAUCGUUCUAUUUGAACAGUAAUGUUGUAUCCAAAAAGGUUAAAAGUAAUAAGAUGCAAGUUGGAGAUGUGAUAAACUCUGGCAUAUUUCUUUUGGGAGUUAUAUUUUGUUUCUUCGUUGGUAUGAUAUUGUUUGGGGCGCCGGUAUUGGAUAGUCACGAAGAAACACUUAUGUUAUCAGCGCUUUUGACUCUGCUGACCGUAUUCCCAUUAGUAGCUCACGCUGGAGUGGAGUCGGCUAUGCAACUGUUAUUUGGAGUGAAACAUUUCUCUAGAGAUACAAUAAUAGAGAUGUUAGUUAACAAUGCUUUGCUGACAGUAUGCGGGGCGUGGUUGGGCGCUGUCGUGAUACCACUGGACUGGAAUACACCCUGGCAGAAGUGGCCGAUACCCUGUUACUUAGGAGCUAUCGGUGGACAUCUUCUCUCAAAUGUUUUGACUGUUUUAAAAAUAUCAUUGAUGUCAGCAGCAGACAAGUAUCCUAUGUUAAACUUUGUUGUUACUGUGUUAAACAAGUUCAAUUUAUCUAAGUAAAUGUAUGAUGCAUUUUAUAUUUUUAUCAAGUGUUAAAUUAUUACAAUAAUUCAA